AUGGACUUGACGACUCGCCGGCCGGAGCUGGAGGGAACGGAACCUUUGCCGAUGGGGGGUAUGAACGGUGCGGAGUGUAGGGAGAUAGUGAAUGGGGACCCGGCGUGUGACGUCACAGCAGUGACAGGGGAAGUGCCCGUGAGGAAGACGACAUCCUUCACCAUCAGGAAUUUGGUUGGCGGAGAGGACGAUGGACCGGCCGACGGGACCGCGACCGCGAAUGAUGAAUACUAUCCCCAAGAUCAGUACCAUCAGAAGUACAACCCCACCAUGGGGGUAUCGGAGGCGCCCAAAGACGAUUCCCCCCGGACGACCCCGGAACUAGGUCGGUCCGACCAAUCACCCCCUGACCGACCCCCGCCGGGAUCAGCUGAUAGCGACGAUGCUGAUGAUUUCGCUCCUAAACGCAAGCAAAGGAGGUACCGGACGACUUUUACCAGUUUUCAACUUGAAGAGCUGGAGAAAGCUUUCUCGAGGACCCAUUACCCUGAUGUGUUUACUAGGGAAGAAUUGGCAAUGAAGAUAGGAUUAACAGAAGCCAGAAUACAGGUGUGGUUCCAAAAUCGGCGAGCGAAAUGGCGAAAGCAGGAGAAAGUGGGGCCACAAGCACAUCCCUACAACCCGUACUUAGGGGCCGCGCCGGGGGGGCCCCCUCCGUCUGUCGUGGCUUCCAUGCCGAACCCCUUCUCACAACUUGGGUUCGGGUUCCGUAAACCUUUUGACACAAACGCUUUGGCAUCGUUUAGAUACGCCGGAGGCCCAGUCCUGGGCGCGCAAUACCUGGGCGCACCAUUACCACGGCCACCACUCUUCAGCGCUCCCCUUUAUACCUCCAGCCCGCCCUUCCAUUCUCUCCUUGCCGGCUUAGCAGCUCCCCCCAGACAAUCCCCCGAUCCCCCUGUCUCUCCCCCAAUAUCCCCCGGCAGCGAAUCCCCGCCAACAUCAUCCUCAGCUCCAGAAGUAGAAAGAAGAAGCUCCAGCAUCGCAGCUCUUCGAAUGGCCGCAAGAGAACACGAGCUGAGACUAGAAAUACUCCGGCAAAGACACCAUACCGACCUGAUUAGUUGA